UGAUCCUCGCACCACCUUCAACCUAUUUACCAUGGCUGUUCGUACCUCCGGCACAGAGAUGACCGAUGUGCGGGAAGACAUUGGUGGCGACAUCCACGGGCCUACCUGCAACUUCAUCCACAAGUAUUUCAACCCACGCGUCCUCGCGGCAGCCGCCGACCCCUCACCCUUAUCGCCGGACUCCUUUCCAGAGUCAUACUCGAUUUCUUCCCAAGAGGAGCCUGAAGGCUCUCGAGGCGUCUGGCACGCAAUCAGCACGACCCCGCCUCGCAACGAGACUGCACACGACGCGCGAGUUGCCGGCCAGGUGUCCCGAAAGGCUUCCACUUGUUACAAGCUGGCUUUCUCAGGCUCUGCGGACACGCUCGCAAAGUUUUUGCCAGCCGGUCCACGAAACUAUCAUACAUAG